GGAUGAAUCUGCAGAGGAGUUUGAGUGUCAUAUAUACAAAAAAUGGCAGGGAAUAAUGCCCUUCUUCUACUUAUAGCUUUAUUAGCUAUCUCUAACAUUUUCUCUUUUAAUGCUGCUCCAAUCUCAAGGAAUACGCGUCUGUUUUUGCAUGAAAAUCAAGAACUUCCACCACCUGCAUAUACUAACCAGAUGAUGAAAUUGGAAGCUAUGGAGGAAGAGUUCAUCAAUGGAAGGAUGGAUUUAGAGAGCCAUGAUUACCCUGGCUCGGGAGCAAAUAAUCGUCACACACCUAGGCCACCUAUUGAGACUUAAUAUAAUUAUUAAGUUAUUAAAAGUGUAUUUUCUCUAAUAGUUUAAUUAUGCUUUUUAAAUAAGAUGGUGGUCAUGCAGCAACUCCACUUUAAACCAUUAAUUGCAGGGUCUAAAUCCCAACCAAAAAAAGUCCAUUCUAUCCUCAAAAACUUAAAAAAUAUAAGGAAAAAAAGGCCAUCUUGCACAUUUUGAUGGUUAAAGAAAAGGCAUCUUGCACAUUCUGAUGUAGUCCCUUUUAAACAAUAAUCUUGCUAAUCUUGAACUUUCUUGAAUCC